AUGGAAGGUGGUGCCAGACAUAAGAAGUUGGGAAAUGACUCCUGCUCGUUGUUGCUCCCGGAGCAGUUCGGAUCUAAUGUCGGUUCCCUGUCAGGACCCGCUGUGCUGGGGCCUGAACUGUUCCCCGGGUGCCGGUUCCAUGCCCUGCUCCUGGGCCUGGUGGCCGCAGUGGCUGGAGGAAGUGUCUGGCUCUGCCCACAGGACCUGCAGGACUACAACGGUGAGCUGCAGGCUGCCCUGCAAGGCCUGCAGGCACAGAUGGCCCCGAGCCUGCACAGCCACCUGCCCCUGGGACUCGGCCUGGCAGGCACUGUCACGUUUGUGGGUGAUUCCACCCCAGCGAGUAUAGAUCCAGAGAUCAUGCUGGAGCAGCUGAAGGAGCAUUACCAAGAACUGAGGAUCCAGCUGGAGACCCAGAAUCGAGUUGGAAAAGCUUUCCGAAGAAAACACGCUUUUGAAAAAUGA